AUGGAUCUAGCCGAGGUGUUUCUCGUCGACUGGGAUGUGGUUCCACAUUCAAACACUUCCCAGGCGACAACUGCGCGUUGUGCCGUGGGAACUUGGCAGUUCAUGUCCAUCGUGUCACUGCAGUACGACGAGAACCAUCAAUACGAUGCUGAAGAUGAUCUAGAGUCCUUCCUAUGGGCCUUCUGCUACUGCUUAGUUCGGUACACAAAUUUGUACCCGGGCGACAAUGCGAUGGCCCGUGCAUUUCUGCAAGACGUCUUCGAUUACAGCCGUAAUGUCGUCAAGGACGAUAAGGCGAAGACGCACUAUCAGAAUGGUGGACAGCUAAAGGAGGUAUUACUCAGCCGGAUGCGCAAUGGCAAAAGCGUAGAGCUGCAGCCGCAGGGUUUAGCCAAACCGUUGCGUUCUCUCCUCAGGAUCGUCGGCAAAUCCCUUCUCUACCACGUAAACAUGCGGCAUUUGGAGCGCUGGAUUCGUCCCUCCAUAUACAACCCGCCGACGGACGACCUUGGCGAAGAAGAACUAGAGGAUCUUCAAGAGCAGCUGGAACAACACAAGGCAGCCGCGGUCCCGGAUCAGGCUUUUGGCUACGUGUGGCUCAAGUCUGUCCUCGAGGGCGCCAUCGAAGGCAUGAGGAAAUUCGAAUUGCCUGCAUUGUCGACUCUCUCCGGCUCGCCACCUCGUGGAUCUGUGCGCGUCGAGGACCGGUUUGAGACAGAGAAGAGGGGAGCGACUCCAAGCAAACCCACCGCUGAAAAGGAGGAGGAGAGGGAGAAAAAGCGGACUAGUCGUGGGGGUUUAAAGCGCGGCUCGACGAGCACUUCGGAGAAGCCGGCAUCGAAGCAACGCCCGGUCAAGGUCGCACUCGCAGCGGCCUCACACACAGCCCGGAUAACUCCCCGGGAAAGCGCGAGUGUUGAGCGUUGA